AUGGACCUGCCCCAAUGGAAUUUAUUAUUGAAAACCCUCAGGACACAUAUGGCUAUGAAAUCUCUGACGAAGACGAAUAUAAUGAUGAUCACAUUCUAUCAUAAUGAUUCAUCAGAUGACUAUGAUGAGACCACUGACAAUGAAGACACGGACACCAGAGUAGAAUAUGAUAGCCAGGAUCAUAUCGCUAGAAUGGCAGCAGAAAUGAGAACCUUCCAAUCUCUUUCUUAUGCCAUGAAUGCCUACUCAAACAAAGACAGCAGCAGACAGACAUCGUACUGGCCUGAUGACUUUGCUGACAUUGUUACUGGACCCACCCGUCUGUUUAAAUCGAAAGUAGAGUUUAUCUUACAUGCUCUCUUCUACGGCGAUAAAGAUCUUGCCUCAGAAAGAUCUAUCAAGAAGAUCAUGUUUGCCAUGAAGAUAGUCUUGGACAUCCGUAAAGAAUCUGGAGUAGCACUGGAUUUUCCGACACCAAAUGCUGUGAUUAACUAUCACAAGCAGAAAAAGAACCAGAUCCCUGUUUUUCCUACUGCCAGUUUCGAUGUUGUGAACCAAGACAAUGAACGACAUGUACUUUGGAUGAACAAACCGUCCAAUUACAUCAAGUUUAUCAUGACAUGUCCCAGAAAAUCAUCUCAAAUCUCGGCCCUUCCUGACUUCAUGGAAAACCAGCAGUUGAAUCUCAACCAAGGCGAAAAGUGGAAGGAGAACCCAUUGCUCCAGCACCCAAUGAUCACUUCAAACGGAAUGAACUACUGGGUGGGUGAUGUUGUCAAAGUCCAAGGCUCCCCAAACUGGUAUCUCCUUAAGAAGUUCUUCACCAAGGACGGAUCCAUACUUGCCAAUGCGUUCCAGGUUUAUGGUGGCCACGAUCCUCGGCUGAACCAUCCUGAUGAUACACACUUCCUGCGGUUUGGAAACUCUACGAACUUUGCUGUCUCUACCCUGAAGUAUACCAUUGAAGUUGAUAGGAUUAUGUCUACUGUUCAAAAAGACAGCAAUCUUUUCCUUGGACGUGGUUUCUCUGUUUCUUAUUGCCCUGCCAAAAUUGUCACCUAUGCUCUUACUAGUGUUCAAUCUGACUUGUGGCUCAACAAAUCCCGUGUUGAAGAAUUCAAGAGAAGACUUCUAGGCUCUGGUUUGAUGAAAGUGGUUGUCUGCCCACUUAAUCUCUAUUCCAAUGAUACCUCUGGUAAUUCAACAAAGCAGUACAACAAGUAUGACAGUUACUUAAUGUACUUUGCUGCGUUGUCACUUGAGACAAGAAACAAACGAGAAAAUGCUCUUUUCAUUUGUAUCUCAAAUCAUAUACUGAAUGCCAUUGAGAUGUUGCCCCAUAUCGUCAAUGACCUCGUUAGGCUGGAGAAAGGUAUUGAGAUGUAUUCUGAGGAUUAUGGUGAAGUAGUUCUUGUCAUUGCGCCCCUGUUGCUCUUUAUGGAUGACAACCCUCGUCAAUCUCAGCUUGCCAUGCAUAAGGGAACAUCUGCCAAGAAGUUUUGCCAAAAAUGCCUCAUACCUUUGCCUCAUAUUGAACAGGGUUCCAUCCCUGACACUCCGCCAUAUUCUCCAGUUGACCACCAUGGGUCAGAAGAAAGAACGAGGGAUUUCUUGUGCGCCUUUGCCAAUGCUGAUUCCCAGUCAGAGCUAUAUCUCAAUGGGUGCGAAUUGAGUUAUAUCAAGAAUGAAAGUGAGGAAUUUCUUAGACUCGAAGCCUUUGACCCUACCAAAGACAUGCCUAUGACUUUUCUCUGGAAACAGAAGAUGCUGACUACAAGUGAAAAGGGGAGACUCCAGGAAGCUCUAAACUCUUACAAAUCUUGUAAGAGUUACAGCCAAACAUUCAGGAACAAGCUUUGCCACACUAGUUUGUUUGUUGGACGCGAUUUCAAGGAAUUGAUUCAAGUCCUGCCUGGAAUUAUGAGCAAGCUCUUUAGUGACAAACCAUCGGCAAGUUUAUUCAUUAAAGCCUUGCAUGCAUUAGGCCGCCUGUCGUCUUUGGUGUAUAUGCAUGGAGUCGACCGGUGCUUUGACUACUAUAUUGCCCAGAUAAAACACACUGUCACUGAUAUUCUCCAAAAAGGAUUUUCUAAGCAAGACUUCACGUUCAAGCCAAAGAUCCACCUUCUGCAUCAUAUCACUGACGACAUUGUUCGUUUCAGUUCCGUGCUGCAAUACAAAACUGAAAACGAGAAACUAGCUGGUAAUGGAACAAGAUCUGUGAGAAGUUCAAUUGGUGAUUUUGUCAAGCUGGCCCCUGUCAAUUUCCCAGGCUUUAAUCUCCAUUUCUUUGGUUCUCGUGUCAACAGUGACAAUUCCGGGUUGUCAACUCCCACUUUGUGCGAUACACUUGCAGGUGUUUUUCAAUCAAAUGGUCAAUUAUUCCUUGGUCAGAUAAAGAUCGUUCAAGCAAGAGACUCUGCAGACAGAAUGAGGAAGGCGUUCUUUAUGCAAAAGUACCAAAUUGUUCCAAACAGCAAUAUAAAUUGCAUCUAUACCCCAGCCGUGGUAACAGACAAUUACAACAACAUUGUGGUUCUGCCCCUUGGAGGCCUGGUUGAAGUCAACAAAGAUGAAAUCAACAUUGUUCAGGCUGUUGAUAUUCACUUGUCCAUCGGGUCUUCCAAUAACCAAAAGUUCCUCAACAUUGCAAAAUUUGGCAUGUUCUGGUGGAUGUUGAUGAACAUUGCAAAAAUCUAUUAA